UGGUCGGACAACUCGGACCGCGUCGUUCGUUAGUAACGCCGAAGCCUCCGGACGGGAGGGUCACGUGCGACGAGCGUCCUAGCGACGAACAACCGUCGUUUCCUCAGUUUAGUGUCUCAUCCGACGCUGAAUCGCCUUCCGAAUUUUCGACUCUCCGCGUCUCCGGCCGCUUUCCCUCAAUCGCUUCGGUGCGCGUCGCGAAAUGACAUUGAUCUAAUAUCCGAGUGCCGGUACACGCGAUCAUUCUAAUAAGUGUUCGAACACCGGAAUCGUUUCUUUGUGAUUUGCUAUCGAAAUAUACUUGACACUCGUGUGAACUUGGUGACCGAUCGAGAGCGCGCGUUUCGUUCGAGAACGGCGAGCGCGAUCAGCGUGAACAUAGCCACAUAUUUCUCGGAGAGUCAUGGGAGCAUUCGCGCGUUGCGUUCUCGCGCUCGUCGCGACGGCCGCGACGGUCGUCGUCUCGGAGCCGGACGACCUGGCCAAGUCAGACCAGCUGACGAUCCUCAAGUGUUGCCGAUACGGCGAGGAGCUGCGACGAUCGGACGACGACGCGAGUAACGACGGAUUGCCGCGCUGCGAGCCGACGUCGAACGAGUGGCAGCCGUUGAUCUUCUCGCUGACGCGCCAAACGUUCUACGACGGCGGCAACCUGCCCGCCGACUGGCACGUCGUCGGCGGCCGACGGCCGGAAUGCGACGACAGCUCGGAGCUGAUCGACGUGCCCUACCGCAGGGCCAACCCGUUCAUCCUCCUCGACAAUGGAAACGCGGUGCUCGAGCUCAGUAACGCCGACUCCUUUUCCGCCAGUCAUUACUGCGCCGAUUCGAACGCCCUGCUCGUGUGCAUGAAGAAAUCGCCGGGCAAUCAAGCCGCCGCGACCAUGAGACCGCGGGUGCGACGUUGCUGCGGGGAGAACGCCAGUUUCCACGAACGCGGAAAUACCUGCGUAUUCAUAAAAGAGACUGCGGACGCACCACCUCUGCUACCAAAUGCUUCGUCCGCCGUCGAGAUCGUGGCUGGAUUCCCGACCUGCCCGAAAUCCGACAAUUUUACGAUCGUCGGAAACGCGAUGGAUGCUGCGUUGCAGCCCAACGGCAGCCUGGAGAUAAACGGAGUCGUUUUACCCAGCGGUCAGUUCUGCGUCGAGAGGAUUAAGGAACUCGAUCAGGUCGCUAAAGUGUUCGCCUGUCCGGAACAUGCUCCACAAAGGCCUGUGGUGAAAGCAACGGACAUCAGAUUCACCUUGUAUCCCGUGGGCUUCAUCAUUAGCGCCGUCUUCCUGGCCGCUACUCUGGCGGCCGGUUGGUUACUACCAGCCUCUCAUCACGUUCUGCACUGGCGUUGCCAGACCCAUCAUGUCGCCUGCCUGAUGAUGGGCGAUAUUCUCAUGGCCAUCAUUCAGCUCGCCGGAGAUUCCCUUCAUGGUGCAAGUUGCAAGGCGCUCGCAAUCAUGGCGCACUUCUUCUUCCUGGCUGCUUUCUUCUGGUUGAACACGAUGUGCUUCAACAUCUGGUGGACGUUCAGGGAUUUGCGACCGGUGAGUUUGGAGAAAGGUCAGGAGACCCUCAGGCUCAGGGUCUAUGCCUGCUACGCCUGGGGUGGGCCCUUCCUUGUCGCCGGUCUGGCCGCGCUUCUGGACCAUCUACCGCCUCAACCUGAGUACACGUUUCUGAGGCCCCGCUUCGGCGAGAAGCAGUGCUGGUUCUAUGGUGACAUGGAAAUUUUGGCAUACUUCUUUGGACCGAUUGGAGUGCUGCUGGCUAUAAAUCUUAUGUUUUUCGCCGUAACUGCUCGCGAAUUGACUUGCGGUCUCUGGAAAGGCGAAUUCGUGAAAAGCACCACUGAGAGGGCGACGCUGGGCCGCAUAUGCAUGAAGCUGGUGAUCGUGAUGGGUAUCACCUGGGUGGCCGACGUUGUCUCGUGGGCUGUCGGCGGGCCGCAGUACAUCUGGUACUUCACCGACCUGAUAAACGCCUUCCAGGGAGUGCUGAUCUUCGCGGCGGUAGGCUGCCAGCCGCAGGUCCGAGCAGCGCUCAAGAGAUUCUUCAGCAGGAACCCACAGACCAACGCCGGAAGACAGGGUAACGGUCACAGCACGACCAGCCACGGGAUGCCUAGCAUGGGCGACAGCGUGACGCAAAAUCCGAGCACCAAAACCGCGCCGUUGGAGACCAUCUGCUAGAAUGGAGGCUCUCCAUACAGAACGUACCUAACAUACGUUCGGAAAGCGUCCUAAACACUCCGAGUGUCCUCCAGACAUUUCCUCUCUCGAAUUCGCGUAUUGUUGGAAAAUGUCAACAAGAAAACAUUUUCACAGCUAGGUCUCCCGAUCUACGCAGGUCGACGAACCCGAGAAGAGACCUUGCUGAAUCGAUCCUGCGGAAAUAUUCCUUCGAUCGAUCAGUUCGACGUUAUAUUAUACAGCGACGUUUGUAUCGCCGACUUGAAUUACUGAGAUAAUAUUCGGAUUCGCAUCGUUCAUAAAUCAGAGUUUGUAAUAGCUCUACGCCGCUAAAACAGACAAUGACGCGUACUCUUCGGACCUUGGUAGCGGGCCGAAACAAUGCGUGAUUUAUGAUCGCGGCGGGUUAAUAUUCUUUUUUUUUUUUCCAGCGGACAACGAUUCAUUUAUAUUAAUAAUAUCGGCUCGCUGUUGUAACGUAACGGUAAAAUAUUAACGUUCGACGAGAGCAAAAGCGGGAAGGCAGCUUCUUCGAGCCUAAUGAUCAUUGUGCUCUCUCGAGAUCUGGGAUACGAGAGUUCGAGACGAAAUUGCGAACGGCCUCGCCUCACUUCGUAACUUUCGGUACGUUUUACGCCUCGUAUUACCAAAGGACGAAGGGUUCAUCACGGGUUUUCUUCCCAGGUCCUUCCUCCUUCAUUAUUCAUCGAAUGUUAUCGAAUCUAGGAACAAUCGGUUUUUCGUUUCCCUUAGCAUAAAUAUGCAUCGGCGUCGUUAGCCGCGUCUUGGCACGACGGCUACUGUGGCUGCAGGCAUUAAACAUGCAACAUCGUGGCUGCCGAGCUACAAUUUAUCACUGAUCAGUCGAACGGUCCUGUUUCGGUAUCGAACCGAAGCAAGGAAAA